AUGAGACCAACUAUUGCAAAUUAUUUGGGGUUAGGAGAUACUCACCUUGGCUGCAAAGAGCAUGAGAGACAAGCUCUUCUCAAGAUUAAACAAGACCUUAUUGAUGACUAUGGCCUUCUUUCUUCUUGGAGCUCCAAUCAAGAUUGUUGCAUGUGGAGUGGGCUCAGGUGUAGCAACCAAACAGGCCACGUCAUCAUGCUCAAUCUCAAUGCCUCGUCCUUUCGCUCAUGGCCUUUGCGAGGUAAACUUAAUCCUUCCUUGUUUGAGUUGAAAUAUUUGACUUAUUUGGAUGUGAGCUUCAAUGAUUUUAAUCAGAGCCAAAUCCCAGAAAUCAUUGGUUCUCUCUCCAACUUGAGACACCUUGACCUUUAUCAUGCUAAUUUCGGAAGAAAUAUACCUUUUCAGCUUGGGAAUCUUUCCAACUUGCAAUACCUUAAUCUUGGUUGGAAUAAUUUUAAUAUACCUGAAAACAUAGAGUGGCUCCCUCAACUUUCUUCUUUAGAAUACCUUUGCAUGAGUACCGUUAACCUGAGCAAAGUCAAUAAUUGGCUCCAUGUUGUGAAUAAACUGCCAUACUUGACAUCCUUGUACUUGUUCUCUUGUAAUCUUCCGAAUAUUUUCUCUGUUCCUCUUGUCAAUUCUUCUACUUCUCUUGAUGGCCUCGAUCUCUCUUAUAAUAGUCUCACUUCUUCUUCUUCAGUACUAGAGUGGUUGUUCAACUCCAACACUAGUAUUGUUGCACUUGAUCUUAGUUAUAAUCGAUUUCAAGGUUUAAUUCCUGAUGGUUUUAGCAAAAUAAACUCUCUUGCAAAGCUCUAUUUCUAUAAGAAUGAGUUUGAAGGAGGGAUACCAAAAAGCUUUGGUGGUAUGUGUAAUUUGAAAAUAUUGUCUCUAUCAUUGAACAAUCUUAGCGGACAACUUCUAGAAUUUUUUCAAAACUUGACUGGUUGUGCAAACCACUCAAUCCAAAGUUUGAAUUUUGAUUGGAAUCAAAUAAUGGGAUCGUUACCUGAUAUCACAAUGUUUCCAUCAUUGAGAAUAUUAAGGCUUCAUAGUAAUCAUUUGAAAGGGAUCGUGCCUGAAAGUUUGGGAAAACAAUCCAAUCUAGAGACUUUGUAUCUUUCUAAUAAUUCAUUGGAAGGUGUUAUUUCUGAAGCCCACUUCUCAAACCUCACAAAAUUGAAGCAUUUGGCUUUACCUCAUACCUUGGUUUUCAACUUCAGCUUUGAUUGGGUUCCACCUUUUCAAUUAGAUGAGAUAAGUUUAGGGUCUUGCCAAUUGGGCCCUCGAUUCCCAACAUGGCUUCGAACUCAAAAAUAUUAUUCUUGGAUUGAUAUUUCUAAUUCUGGAAUUUCGGAUAUCAUUUCCAAUUCAGAUUGGAUAUUCUCUCGUCAAGUAGAAUAUAUGAAUUUGUCUUUCAACCAAAUAAGUGGUCAAAUUCCAAAUUUGUCAUUGGAGUUUACUUCUUAUCCCAUCAUAGACUUGAGUUCAAAUAAACUUGAAGGUGGAAUACCACAAUUUUUAUUUGAAUCGGCGUAUUUGGAUGUUUCCAAGAAUAUGCUUUCAGGCCCAAUCUCCGCCUUAUGUGAAGUUCAGAAUGGUAACUUGAACUUUCUAGUUCUCUCCAAUAACAGGUUAUCAGGACAGAUUCCUGACUCAUGUUGGAUGCAUCUUGAAGGAUUACAAGUUCUUAAUUUGGCAAAUAAUCAUUUUCAUGGGAAAAUCCCAAGCUCGGUGGGAUUUCUACAUAGGAUUGUAUCAUUGGAUUUAGACAACAAUAAUUUUAGUGGGGAACUUCCUUCUUCCUUGAAUAAUUGCAAGGAGUUGAUCUUCCUUAAUCUUGGAUACAAUGCUCUGGUAGGACAGAUACCAAUAUGGUUAGGGACUAGUUAUCCAAAUUUAAUUAUCCUUAUCCUUCGAUCCAAUCACUUCAAUGGAAGCGUACCUAUUCAUCUCUGCCAUCUAGAACAUCUUCAAGUUUUGGACCUUGCUUUAAACCAAAUCUCAGGAUGUAUACCAAAAUGCCUCAACAAUCUUUCUGCUUUGACUAAAAAAGAUAGUCCAGAUGCUGCCAUUAUCCAUUCUUCUCUAGAAACUAUCGGCAUUAUGGAAUAUGUGUUUUCUUAUAUUGAUCAUUUGUUUUUUAUGUGGAAAGGAAAAGAGCAUGAGUAUAAAAAUAUUCUUGGACUAUUAAAAAGCAUAGAUCUCUCAAGCAAUAAUUUAACUGGGCGGAUUCCAGGAGAGGUUGUGGAGCUUGUUGGAUUGGUUUCCUUAAAUCUUCAAGAAACCGUUUAA